UCUUGGGUUUCCAAGCAACACAAGUCAUCCCAUUCCUGAAGUAUCAGAACUCAAAUAUUUCUUCCGCAUACGAGUUCUUUGAUAUCAGUAUGAUACUUGUUGUGUGGAGCAACAGAAAAUAAUGGGUUUUCGCAUAGUAGGUAUUGUUAGGCGGACUUCGUUUUCUACAACCCAAGCAGCCUCCAAGAGGGUUGACGUACCAAAAGGCUAUGCUGCAGUCUAUGUUGGAGAUAAGAUGAGACGGUUCACAAUUCCAGUAUCAUACUUGAACGAACCUUCAUUUCAAGAAUUACUCAGUCAAGCAGAAGAAGAAUUCGGAUAUGAUCAUCCAAUGGGUGGUCUAACAAUACCAUACAAGGAAGAGGAGUUCCUAAACGUUACCGCUCACUUGAAUGAGCUGUAAUUCAGGCUAACGGAGACUGAGAUAGAUUAGAUGAGGCAAAUUUGUACAGAUGGCAUUUUAUUUUUUGUACAGAAUUUAAAACCUGUUGGCUGAAUGAGAAUGCAACAAAAGACAUUCUUUAAGCACUUUUUUCUUUUUCCAAAUCUCAAUUAUAUAUUGAACCGUAACAUUAUCAUAUUUAAUUUGAUAUAUGUCAGCAUCAGGCUAUCAGCUAAUUAAUAUUGGGAAUUAA